AUUCUACAGUAUAAUACUUGUGCUCUACAGUGCUACAUGGCAGGACAUAGCUUAGAAAGCAUACGUGACGUUAUCUAUAGACUCUCGAUGAUUUCAUAAUACACUUCGGGACGUGCCAUUCGAAAGAGGGUUAAUAGUGUAGGGAAAAAAUCACCGAUACAUAUACGUGCGCCACAAAGGAUUGCACGAGACUUUGUCGAACGGUAUAACCAGAUCAGCCAGAAGUUAUGGAAAUUGAGACUGAGGAAUAUUACCAUCAUACUGCGUAUAACACCUUUUUCUACGCUACUGUAUGUCACGUUUGUAAAAAGUUUAGUGGCUAUGUCUCUUUAAAGAGAUGCAGUGGCUGCAAGUUAAUCAGCUAUUGUGGUCCGGAGCAUCAGGCGCAACAUUGGGAGCAGCACGAAUCGUUCUGCAACGCCGUACAAGCCGUGUUGCAAACCUGCAGCAUGGAAAGUAGUGGUACAACUUGGGAGGAGUGGAAACGGAACAAGUUACUUUUCGGACGGAAAGUGGAAACGAAGCUGGGACGGAGGUUGGAGAUAUAUGAGAAACAGAUGUUUCUGUUUCCAGAGGAGUGCGCCGUCUGCACUAAACUGGACGAUCAGAAUCUGACAGAUUGUGAAUUUUGUGCUGCCAGCUACUGUGAAUAUCACAUAGAUAGUAUACAGCAUAAGGAGAUGUGCGAGCCGCUGGCAAAGUGUUAUGAUAUAAAUUUAAUACUUUUCACGAAGAAUAACGAACUGAUUCUGUGUUACUUUCCGAAAACUGCUACGUUUCAGGACAUGGACGGGUUUAUAGACACUUACGUGUAUCUUGACGUUUACCCUGAAUUUUAUGUGCCCGCUCUCGUAAAGUUAGUGUACUCGCAGCAUCUCUUUCGUCCCUUAACAUUACUUCAUGCGAUGCGAUUAUUAAAUUAUGCCCCAGAACGGAAAGAUUUAAUUAUUCAUGUUGUAAACGCGACACAGUCAGAUGUGGAUAGCUUCACAGCAUGGAAUGUGCUAAUCAUGCUGAAGUUGAUAGAUGUAUCAUCAUUAAUGAUUGUAAUGAUAGGGCCAGAGUUCACACGUAGAUCCCAUGCGUUACCUGAGUCUCAGGGGCAAAAUAAAGAAUGUUCGUUUGAAUUUCACGUUAUGUCGUACGAGAACUACGUAAACAGCUCGUCGUUCGUAAAACCGGACCUGGUCGUAGGAUUUAUCUCGCAUAUUAAAAUGCGUACACUUAAAUCGUGUAACAUGUGGGAAUUGUCGGUACGGCUGAUAGCGAAACAAAAUUGUCCGUUCGUUUUCACAACUUGCAUGCAAGAGUGUUUAGAUGUCAAGGCAGAAGCCAUAAACACCAUUCAGAAGAGAAAGGUAGACUACAUCUAUAAAGGAAACAAUCCAUUUGCUAGUCUCAGACCGCAUAGAUAUCUCGGGCCGCAGAAAGUGUUUUAUAUGGGUCAAUAUCUAGUUGUGUAUAAGAAUUUGUGACCGUAAUUAAGCGUAAUUUAAGCGAUUGAUACAAACUAUCCAGAUACCAAACGUAUGUCUAGAAGAAAAUUGUUAGAUAUUUUUAUGUUGUUUUUCAGUUGUCUCUUAGACGUAUGUGUCUAAAUGAUAUCUGUUAAGGACGUCUUUAUGAUGCUUUUAGGCACGUUUGCUCUCUGGGUAAAUGCGGUGUGUUUGAUAGACAAGAGAAAAAGAUACGACGCAUUAUACAAACGACACGAGUUAAAUCAAACUUAACUUUUAAUAGACGUAACGGGAAAUGUAUAGCAAAUUUGUAUGAACAGUCACCGUAAAUUGUGACGUUUCUUCACGAAACAAAAGGUGCAUUCCGUUUCACGAUGCGCAUGUUGCAUAAUUUAUCCCGCCAUGGUAAAAAAUUUAUUCAUUAUUAGUUCCUACUUGCCAGUAUAAUACUAAAAUUUGGAAUUGUAAUAAUUAUUAAUUAUUAUU